AUGCUACACAAACGGAGACGUUAUACUCAAGAUACUGAUAUAUCGAAUACUGUGCCAACGGCAACGCGGAUUUCUCUCUAUCCUGAAACCAAUCCGGAUAUCAUCCAAAGGGAGACGUUACAUACUCAAGAUUCUGAUAUUAUACCUAAUAAUGUGCCUGCGGCAUCACAGCCUUCUUUUGACACUGAAAUCAGUCCAAAUAUUACACUAACGGAAACGUUGCAUACUCAAGAUUCCGAUAUCACUCCAAGCCCCCAAACGGACUCGUUGCAAACUGUUGAGACACCAGCAAACAUUAUAACGCAAAUCUCCGUAAAUGGAAGCGAAAACUCGCAACCUCAAAUUUACAAAGGCGAAAAACAAGCACAAGAUGAUAUUUUCAAUGAAGAUCCAUGCAUGAUUUCUCAUAGUUGCUUGCCCAUCAACCGCUAUGGCGACAAAGCAAAUCGCCACGGUUAUCAGGCAUGUCAGGCGCUACGUAAAGACAAACACGCCUAUAAAACAACCCCAUACCGUCACUUUUCCGACACAGUUCAAAAUAUUCUGAAUGAAUUAUGGAAAACAAUCGACGAUAGGAGAAAAGUGUUAGGUAAAUUUCAUGGGGAUAGCUAUGAGCAUAGAAGGAGAACAUUUGCCAAGGCUGCGACCGCUCUGAAAAGAACUGUAGAGAUGAAUGGCGUCCCGGAAGGUCUCCGCCACAUUCCUGGAGGGGAUGUUUUUAUGCAAAUACAAACAGGAGACCUGCAUGUGUAUUUUUCUAAACAGCUUACUGAAGCAGCGAUUCGAGCAGCGCGCGAGACGUUCCCCGAGGCAAGGCUUCAAGGAUGCGCAUUCCAUCUUGCGCAAUCUUGGAAUAGAAUGGCUGUGAAUUUGGGAGUUAGGAACAAACUCCGAGGGAUGCUGUCUAGGCGAACUAGUCUACCGUUUGAGGAGUUACUUCAGUGUUUGCAUUCUAUCAACUCGGUGGCAUUUGGAACGCUUUACCAUGUAAAAGAGAACGCACAAGCAUCAAAAGUACUGCGCAGGAGAGAUCAACAGCGCCGAGACAAUAUUAAUCAGGAAAUGGCUGAGUUCAAACAAUUGUUGACUUCAAGCGAAUCAUCACAUACAGAUAUAAUUAUUGAUUAUUGCAGGAAAAUGUCUCGAUGCGUCGCGGAAAAAACGAUAUGA